AUGCCAGUCCCCGCGUCCACCAUCAAAGGGCCUGACCCGAUUCUCCUCACGCUGUUUGCGAACCGCUUCAUGAGCGUCGCAGAAGCAAUGGGACGAUCCCUUCAGCAGACCUCUAUUAGCACCAACAUCAAGGAGCGCCUCGAUUUCUCUUGCGCGCUCUUCGCGCCCGAUGGAGACCUCGUCGCGAACGCGCCGUUCAUUCCCAUUCACUUGGGAUCUAUGAGCUUCGCUGUGAAGUACCAGAUGCAGCUCUAUGGGAAGGACUUGAAGGAGGGGGACGUGUUGAUGACCAACUCCCCACACGCGGGCGGCUCUCACCUCCCCGACAUCACUAUCAUCAGCCCUGUCUUCGACCCGAAGACGAAAGAGAUCAUAUUCUUCACGGCCUCACGCGGGCACCAUGCUGAUAUUGGCGGUAUUCUUCCUGGCUCUAUGCCUCCGACCUCGGUGAACAUUUUCGAGGAGGGUGCGGAGAUCGUCAGCUUCAAGGUCGUCAACAACGGCGUGUUUGACCAGAAGGGUCUUUACGAGUACAUGCUCGACAAGCCGGCCCAAUAUCCCGGUAGUUCGGGGUGUAGGAACAUCAGAGAUGUCGAAAGCGAUCUUAAAGCGCAAAUUGCCGCUAACCACAAGGGCAUUCAGCUCAUCCAUUCAAUCGUGGAUGACUAUGGCCUCGAGACAGUCCAGGAAUAUAUGCUGCACAUUCGUUCCAACGCCGAGGCCUCAGUACGCAAUCUCCUCCGCGAAGUGGUCCAAAAAUCCGGCGCAAACGUUCUCAGCGCGGUCGACUAUCUCGACGAUGGCUCUCCCAUCCACCUGAAAGUGGAGAUUGAUGAAAAGGCUGGCUCCGCCGUUUUGGACUUCGAAGGCACCGGCUGCGAAGUCCGGGGGAACCUCAACGCCCCGAUCUCGGUAGUGCAUUCCGCCGUUAUAUACUGCAUGCGGUCCAUGCUUGACCUCGACAUCCCUCUCAACGCUGGUUGUCUCGUUCCCCUCGACAUUCGGAUACCAAAGGGCAGUUUGCUCUCGCCCUCGCGCACGGCGGCCGUCUGCGGCGGCAACGUUCUCACCUCGCAACGCAUUGUCGACGUCGUCCUCAAGGCCUUCCACGCGUGCUCCGCAAGCCAGGGCUGCACGAACAACCUCACCUUCGGUGCCGGCGGCAAAGACGCAGACGGGAACAAUAUCGCCGGGUGGGGAUACUACGAGACGAUUGCCGGCGGCUCGGGCGCAGGGCCAACGUGGCACGGGACGUCGGGCGUGCACACGCACAUCACGAAUACGCGGAUCGGAGACGUCGAAAUUCUCGAGCGGCGGUAUCCGCUGCUCCUGCACCAGUUCGGACUCCGAGAGGGCUCGGCAGGCGAUGGUAAAUAUCGUGGCGGAGAAGGUGUCGUGCGAGAGAUAGAAUUCACGGAGCCGCUGCAAGUCUCCAUUCUCUCCGAGCGGAGGACACGCCAACCGUACGGACUUGAAGGUGGCGGCUCUGGCGGCCUCGGGCGAAACACCUGGGUGAAGCAGGCGCGGCGCGGCGAUGGCGACCUGCUAGACGGUGAAUCCAAGAAGAUGCAGGAGCCGCGCAGGGUCAAUAUCGGCGGCAAGGCGACGGUGUGGAUGGGCAAGGGCGACCGGCUGCUGAUCGAGACGCCCGGAGGCGGCGGUUGGGGGCUCCCCGAAGCGGUAGAGAGAGAACUAGAGGAGCAGGAGGACCUAGCGCACGUCAAGGCGUGGGCAGCGCGGGGAAGUCUGGCGGAAAGGGAGGCGGCACAGGCGGGAUUUUGA